AAUUAGGCCCUCUAACAAAAUCUUUUCGCAUGGCUAUCACCGACGCCGGAGAAGCAACCGCCGCGGCCGAGCCAAACGACGUCGUUCCUGGCUACGUCGACUUCAACGGCCGCCCUUCCAUCCGCUCCAAAUCCGGUUUCUGGAAAUCAGCUUUUUUCAUCGCCGGUUUUGAAAUGGCGGAGAGGUUUUGUUUCUAUGGAAUCAGCUCGAAUUUGGUGAAUUACUUAACCGGCGAACUAGGCCAAUCCACGGCCGCCGCCGCCGCAAACUUGAAUGCGUGGUACGGAACGGCGGCGCUCUCGCCUAUCCUCGGUGCCCUUAUUGCCGACACGCUUUUGGGCCGCUUCCGAACCAUUGUCUUCUCAUCUCUCCUAUAUGUAUUGGGACUUGGCUUCUUGACUCUAUCUUCUUUACUCAAUUCAAUGGGCUCCACAAGCUUCAAAAUUGAUGGAAACAGCAGCAACACAUUAUGUUAUCCAUCUCAGAUUCAGACAAUUUUCUUCUUCUUUUCUUUGUAUUUGGUUGCAUUUGCUCAAGGUGGGCUCAAGCCCUCCCUGCAAGCAUUUGGUGCGGACCAGUUCGACGUUGCGGAUGAUAACGAAAACGCGGCGAAAAGCUCCUUCUUCAACUGGUGGUUCUGGUUCUCGUGUCUAGGCAUCGUCCUCGCCCUCGCUGUGGUUAAUUACGUAGAAGAGAAUCAAAGUUGGGUGGUCGGAUUCGGAAUCCCUUCCAUCGUUAUGCUCGUCUCCUUGAUUCUCUUUUGCAUCGGGUCACUGGUUUACCGGUUCAGUACUGAGAGGAAAAGGAAGAAGGGGAGGCAUCCGUUUGUCAGAAUGUUUCGCGUUCGUAUGAAAAAACGCGAAACUUCUGUCCUUGAGUCUUUGGACAAGGCACUGCUUCCACUGUCAGACACGCCCUCGGCUGAGUCUGACAAUGUGGAAGGUGCCAGGGAAGCAAAAGCAAUGCUAAGGCUUGUCCCGAUUUGGUGCACAAGCCUGGGCUACUCCGUCGUGUACGCACAACCUUCCACUCUGUUCACGAAGCAAGCCGUCACGAUGGACCGUCGCAUUGGCCCGACUUUCGAAAUCCCUGCGGCCUCGUUUCAGAUCUGCAUCUCUCUAUCAAUCAUGGUCUUUGUCACGAUCUACGACCGCGUGUUCGUCCCCAUUGCCAGGUCCAUAACCAAGAAGAGCUCGGGCAUAACAGUGUUCCAGAGGAUCGGGGUCGGGCUGGUCCUGUCCCUCCUGUCCAUAGUGAUCGCGGCCGUCGUUGAGGCCAGGCGCCUCAGGACUGCCCGCGAGCACGGCCUGGUGGACCAGCCCGACGCCGUGAUCCCGAUGAGCGUGUGGUGGUUGGCCCCACAGUACACGCUCUCCGGGAUCUCAGACGUUUUUGGCAUGGUUGGCCUACAGGAAUUUUUCUAUGACCAAGUCCCGAGUGAGCUCAAGAGCACAGGGCUUGCCCUGUACUUGAGCAUACUCGGGGUGGGUAGCCUUGCUAGUAGCUUGUUGGUAUCCGUGAUCCAAAAAGUGACGAGUGGAGGCGGUGGGGCCGGGUGGUUUUCCGACAACUUGAACCGGGCGCAUCUCGACUACUUCUAUUGGCUGCUGGCCGGGAUUAGUGCACUCUCCCUUGUUGGUUAUGUUUACUCGGCUAAGUACUAUGUUUACAGCGGAAGAGCCGCUCACUGCUUAUUCAGUAGAGCAAUAUGUUACGUAAAAAACUACUCCUUCGACCAAUUAAAAUUUAGCACAGCAAACCCAGAAAACGAGAGAGAUCAAAUGGGAAGAAAUGCGAUUACCGGAAACGGUGGAUCGGAGGCCGAAGCUGCGCUGAUAAACGACGCCGUCAGCGGCGCCGAAGACUUCAGAGGCCGGCCGGCGUCCCGAUCGAGAACCGGCAGCUGGAAAUCCGCCUCUUUCAUCAUAGGUGUUGAGGUGGCGGAGAGAUUUGCGUAUUACGGAAUAAGCUCGAAUCUGAUCAGCUAUUUGACGGGGCCGCUGGGGCAGUCGACGGCGGCGGCGGCAGAGAACGUCAAUGCGUGGAAUGGCACAUCGCAGCUUCUUCCGAUUUUGGGCGCUUUCGUCGCCGAUUCGUUUCUCGGCCGAUUUCGCACCGUUGUCAUCGCCUCUGUGCUCUAUGCGGUGAGUAUUGGCCUGUUGUCUAUGUCAGCUGCAUUUCACUCAUCCAACUCUGCUUCGUUUCUCGAGGUCGCCUUCUUCUUCUUCUCCUUGUACUUAGCUGCAGUCGCGCAGGGCGGGCAUAAGCCCUGCGUGCAAGCGUUCGGGGCCGAUCAGUUCGACGAUGAAGACGAGCACGAGCUCCGUGCGAAGAGCUCGUUCUUCAAUUGGUGGUACUUUUCGAUGAACAUAGGGAUCUUGGCGGCUCUCUCUGUUUUGAGCUAUGUUCAAGAGAAUCUGAGUUGGGAGCUUGGCUUUGGAAUCCCCUGUUUCGCGAUGUGCUUCGCGCUAGCCGUGUUCUUGUUAGGAUCCAUGACUUACCGCUUCCGCCUGAGCGGGGACGAGAGGAACCCGUUCCUCAAGAUCGGGCGGGUGUUCGUUCGGGCGGCGAGGAACCGGAAAGCUUCCCCUUCCUGUGCGGAAGAGGAAGCUCGCUGCGUAUUGCCUCGUGAAGGCGCCAAAUUUAAAUUUCUUUACAAGGCAACCCUAGGGCCUCCAGACAAGGACGGAAACGUGAGCACCGCGGCCGACGUCGAGGCCGCCAUUGGAAUCCUCGGUCUCGUCCCGAUCUGGUGCACGUGUCUCGGAUACGCCGUCGUUUCGUCACAGGCCACGACCAUGUUCACGAAACAGGGUGCCACGCUGGACCGCCACCUCACCCCCGCCUUUGAAAUCCCGGCGGCCUCGCUUCUAUCCCUCAUCUCCGUCUCUAUUAUCGCCCUCGUCCCAAUAUACGAGCGGAUCAUCGUUCCAGCCACUCGGUCCAUAACCAAGAAACCGGCCGGAAUAUCCAUGCUCCAGCGAAUCGGCAUCGGCAUAUUCCUCUCCUUGAUGACCGCGGUCGUUGCGGCCGUAAUUGAGGGGCGCCGCCUCGCCAUUGCAGCCGAGCACGGGCUGCUCGACAAGCCGGAGGAGACGGUUCCCAUGAACGUGUGGUGGCUGGCGCCGCAGUACAUCCUGCUUGGCGCCGCCGAUGUUUUCGCAAUGAUUGGCUUGCAAGAAUUCUUCUACGAUCAAGUUCCUCAUGAGUUUAAGAGCUCAGGGCUUGCUCUUUUCCUUAGUAUCUUUGGUAUCGGCAACUUUUUGAGUAGUUUUUUGAUAUCGUUGAUCGAGUUUCUCACGGACCGAGCUGGGUCCGGAAGCUGGUUCUCGAAUAACCUGAACCGGGCCCACCUCGACUACUUCUAUUGGCUCCUUGGAGGGAUUAACGCCGCCACUUUGGCGGCGUUUGUUUGCUCCGCCAAGUGUUAUGCAUACAAGAGGAGAGACUAGAUAGGGUUACUAAAAUCGACUAAGGCCUGUUUAUUUUUCUUGUACAUGUAAUUUUGUUUGAAAGGUUGCAUAAUCAUAAAAAUUGAAGUCUAAAUAUAUUAUGAAUUCAAGUGCAA